AUUCCUAUCCUAAUCCAAAGAAACCAGCAGUCCAGGCGUCCAGCAGUCUCAUUCUCAUUUCUCAACCAUAACGCCCAAGUCCUAACGACAGUCGACAAAAAUCAAAAUCACAGAAACCCAACCCUAACGCCUAAACCAGCAGCCACCGCCCACCAGUCGUCGUCGACUUCCACCACUACCAGGCACCAGUCUCAUUCUCUCCGUCUCGCCUCUCCUUCUCGCGGCUUCUUAUCUUCUUAUCCAGCUUGAGAAAGAACACAGCGAAGUUAUCAAUUUGCUUUGACUGCCGGCUGCAAGAGUAUUAUUAUUUUAGUCGUGAUAAUGGAGCCUAGUGCAGAUAUUAACCUUGAUACAGACAUCUGGAGUCUGAAUGAUCAAGAUAGCAAUGCAAUUAUAUUGCCAGAGAAGAAAAAGAAGAAGACAGAAAAGGAACAGGUAUCGAAAAAGCUUAAAACGAAGAAUAACAUUAAGUUAAGUCAAUCUCAAAAAAAAAAGCUGAAGAAACUCGAGGAAGACAAGGAGAAAUCAAUCCUUUUAGCUGAAAGCAUUAAGACCUUGAAGAAGUAUCAGAUCCAAGAUGAUCUUUAUCCACUUAUGUGGUCUUCAAGGAACUUGGGUCAGGGUGAAACUAGCCGAGAGAAGCGUAGGAGAGAAGUGCAGUUUUCUAGGGCAGGGUUGGAAAUGCCACAUAGAGAUCGACCAGUCAAGAAGAGGACAGCCAACAGCCUAACUAGUGAUGUCUUGGAUGAUUCUAACAAAAUGAAGUCGAGUCCAAUAGUCAAUAGCAGUCUUUUGCAGUCCUCCUUAGGAAAAGGUGAAGUCCAAAGUGAAGCACUGGUCACUCCAGGGUCUCCUGAAGAGUUGACUUCUCAGAGUGGACUUUUAGUUUGCGGAGGAGAUGCUUCGGUGCAAAAUAAGCAAGAAGAGGAUAGAACUACAGAAUGUUUAAAGUCAGAUUAUCAGCAAGAUCAUCCAUCUAUUUGUGAUUGUCAUAACGAAGAACAGAGGAAAUCAAUGGAUGGUACCAAGGAUAUUCAAAAUGCCAUUCUGAGCAAUAGUAGCAACUCGGCUAACAGUCUUCCUCAGAGAGCUUUAACAACUCCAACUGUGGUGCACGUUUUAAGACCAAAGGAGGUUGAAAAUAAGAGGAGCGAUCUGCCGAUAGUCAUGAUGGAACAGGAGAUAAUGGAAGCUAUAAAUGAGAACACGUGUGUAAUAGUUUGUGGUGAGACAGGUUGUGGUAAGACAACCCAAGUUCCUCAGUUCCUUUAUGAAGCUGGCUAUGGUUCAAAUCAUUCCAAUGGUCGUGGUGGUAUUGUUGGUGUGACUCAACCACGCCGUGUUGCAGUACUUGCAACUGCCAAACGAGUGGCAUUUGAGCUUGGUUUUAGUCUUGGCAAAGAGGUUGGUUUCCAAGUUAGACAUGACAGGAGGAUAGGAGAGAAUUGCUCCAUAAAGUUCAUGACUGAUGGAAUUUUGCUUCGGGAACUGCAGAAUGAUUUUCUUUUAAGGCGUUACUCGAUCUUAAUCUUGGACGAGGCUCAUGAGAGGAGUUUGAACACUGAUAUACUUAUCGGUAUGCUUUCUCGUAUAGUAAGAGAGCGUCAGAGAGAAUAUGAGGAGCAACAGAAAAAAGUUCUUUCAGGACAAACGGUAAGCCCUGAAGAGAGAGUAUAUCCACUGAAACUUGUGCUGAUGAGUGCUACACUUCGAGUUGAGGACUUUAUAUCUGGGAAAAAGAUUUUCCGUGAUCCUCCGCCUGUAAUGGAAGUCCCCACUCGCCAAUACCCAGUUACUGUUCAUUUCUCCAAGAGAACUGAGAUGGUGGACUAUGUCGGCCAAGCAUAUAAGAAAAUAUUGUCAAUUCACAAGAGAUUGCCACCUGGUGGUAUACUUGUAUUUGUGACAGGGCAAAGGGAAGUUGAAUACUUGUGUCAGAAGCUGCGCAAAGCUUCUAAGGAGAUAGUUGAGAGAGCUUCCAAAGUGGAUAAUCAGACGUCUUUGGUAUCUGAAGGGAAUACCAUCGAGGAAAAUGUUAUCAAGGAGAUAAGUGAGGCAUUUGAUGAUGAAAGGAGUUCUAUGACUGAGAUAACUGAACGUUUUAAUUCCUAUGAUGAGGAUCACGGGGAGAUCUAUGAAUAUGAAUCAGAAAUUUCCUACGAUUCAGCAGAUGAUAGUGAUUUGGAUGUUUAUGGUGAUGAUGCACAGUUGUUAAACCAGAAGUCUCUGAGCUCUGAUGGUAAGUUAGAUGUUUUAGGUGAGGAGGGAAGCCUUACAUCACUGAAGGCUGCUUUUGAAGCUUUGGCUGGUAAAAGGACAUCACAACCUGAUUCUGGCGAACAGGAACUUGUUCCUAUCAGUGAAGAAGGAGCUUCAAAUGAAUCUGAACCUCUCUUAAGUAAGGUUAGGAAUGGGGCUAAUGGAACCUUUGCUGGUCCGAUGUGUGUUUUACCUCUUUAUGCUAUGCUUCCUGCAUCUGCACAGCUUCGCGUGUUUGAAGAGGUCAAGGAAGGAGAACGCCUAGUUGUUGUUGCCACUAAUGUGGCUGAAACCUCAUUGACAAUUCCCGGUAUUAAAUAUGUGGUUGACACAGGCAGAGAAAAGGUCAAAAAGUACAACUCUUCCAAUGGUAUGGAAGCUUAUGAAAUACAAUUUAUAAGUAAGGCUUCAGCUGCUCAGCGUGCAGGAAGGGCUGGAAGAACAGGUCCNAAAGUACCAGUUGAUGGUGUUGUCCUACUUCUGAAGUCCAUGCAUAUUGAUAAGGUUGCUAACUUCCCUUUCCCAACUCCUCCUGAGCCAACUGCCUUAGUUGAAGCAGAGCGUUGCUUAAAGGUUCUUGAAGCACUUGAUAGCAAAGGAAGACUGACACCUUUAGGGAAGGCCAUGGCACAAUAUCCAAUGAGUCCUCGCCACUCCCGUAUGCUCCUUACAGUAAUCCAAAUUAUGCAAAAGGUGAAAGAUUAUUCCCGCGCAAAUACAGUCUUGGCUUAUGCAGUUGCAGCAGCUGCAGCUUUGAGCUUGUCAAAUCCUUUCCUUAUGGAGUUUGAAGGAAACUACAAAGAUCCAGAUGGCUUGAAACAGGAUGAGAAACCAGGCUCAGUGGAAAGCGAGCGAGACUUAGGAAAAGAGGAAAGAAUGAGGAUAAAAAAGCUGAAAGAAAUUGCUAAAGUGUCUCGUGCAAAAUUUUCAAACCCCACUAGUGAUGUUCUAACGGUAGCAUAUGCUCUACAAUGUUUUGAACUUUCUGGUAAACCACUGGAAUUCUGCAAUGACAACACCUUACAUUUUAAAACAAUGGAGGAAAUGUCCAAGUUGAGGCGGCAGCUCAUUAAUCUUGUCUUUAACUCCAAAUUAUGUGAUUCGCAGCAAGAUUUCUCUUGGCGUCACGGGACUUUGGAAGAUGUAGAAUGUGCUUGGAGGAUUCCUUCAAACAAAUGCCCUCUUCAACUGAAUGAGGAGGAGAUUUUGGGCCAAGCUAUUUGUGCUGGCUGGGCUGACAGGGUUGCUAAACGCAUUAAAAAUGUUUCAUCCUUAUCGGAAUCUGACAGAAAAGUUCAUGCUGUUCAGUAUCAGGCUUGCUUGGUAAAAGAAAUCGUAUUCCUCGGUCGACGGUCAUCUAUUUCAAAAUCUGCCCCUGAAUAUUUGGUCUACACUGAACUACUGCAUACAAAAAGACCAUUCAUCCAAGGUGCAACUAGCGUGAAAGAGAAUUGGCUUGUUAAAUAUGCUCCAUCCUUGUGCAGUUUUUCUGCACCUCUCUCAGAUCCAAAACCUUAUUACGACCCGCUGAAUGACCAGAUCCUCUGUUGGGUCAGUCCAACUUUUGGUCCUCAUCUAUGGAGGCUCCCUCUGCAUAGUUUGCCAAUCGAAAAUGAUAUGAGCCGGGUGGCAGUAUUUGCUUGUUCCUUGCUUGAAGGCAAAGUUCUGCCAUGCUUAAAAUCUGUACAAAAAUUCUUGGCAGCCUCGCCAGCUAGCAUUUUGAAGCCUGAGGCAUCAGGUCUUAAGCGGGUUGGAAAUCUUUUAAACAAGAUGAGGACCAAGAAGAGAACGAUUGAUAGUUGUGCCAUGCUAAGGAAAUUGUGGGAUGAUAAUCCUCGAGAAUUGUUUUCAGAAAUUUUGGAUUGGUUUCAGCAGGGAUUUCAUGACCAUUUUGAAGACCUUUGGGCAAAGAUGCAACUUGAAGUAUUUUUAGACCCAAAAAAACGGCUUUCCAAGAAGGUCAAGAGAGAGAAAAGGAACCCAUGAACUUUCUAUGAUUAGGGAUAUUAUAUGCCUUUCAGAAUCUAAGCUGGAUGGAGAGAUGCAGAGGUGGGUUGAGGUUACUGAUUUGGAAGAUGGGAUACUGUUUGUGGGGGAUAAUUGUACGUUUUCUGCAUUAGUUUCUGAGGUUGAUUGUGGGUGUAAAGGGAACUGUAUACUGUUCACCGAUCAGUUUUUUUGUAGCACGGAAGAUGAUGGAGGAAUGUGGAAGAAUUACGGGAUAGGGUUGUUUAGUUUGGAUAAUGGCAGCAUUGGUCCAAUUAGUAGUUACAAUGGCUAUGCUGAGUUGUUUUGGCCUCCUCCUUCUUGGAUUUGUUCUCCUCAGCCUAUUGAUGCUGAGCUGAAUGAGCUGAAAAUCUAAAUCUCUUGGAGCUUAAUGGAGAAACAACAAGCUAGCCAAAGCUGAUGAUAUGCUGGAAACUGUACAUAUAGUUUUCUUUAGAAAUUGACAUUUAGCUCAAGGUUUAACCUGCAAAGCAACGUGCUUAUGAUGCACCGGCUUGCACAAACCAAUGAAUAAGUCGUUAAAUUAUUUUCAUCGUUGGUAUUAUGGUAAAGAAAAAAGGAUCUUCAUGUGUUUUUAACUCAAUGUGGUUAGCAUCAGUUCCACCUUUCUUAUUUUAACCAUGGUUUCAACUACUGUCA